UCGAGCUGGCAGAACCGCGGCGACGAAGCAGACGACGAUUUCGAGGGAGGGUGAGGCAGAGGACCGGACCGCGGCGUUGGCGCCCAUGGAGAGCACGGAGGGGCCGAGGAAGAGGCAGCAAGUCGCCUCGGCCUCGGCCUCCGCUUCCCCGUACAUCCCCGACGACCUCGUCCGGCGCAUCCUCCUCCGCCUGCCUUCCCGCUCCGUCCUCCGCUGCCGCGCCGUCUGCAAAGGCCUGGCUCCGGAUUGUCUCCGACCCGAAUUCGCGCCCGAGCACCACCGCCUCCAGCCGGCUCUGCUGCUCGUUUCCUUCCUCCGCGGCGCCGCCAGCAGCAGCAAGGCGGUGGCGGACGUGGACGCGGGCACGGACCCCAUGGACCGCUGCAUCGAGGCCUUCGACCUCCGCGCCGACGAGUUCCGCCCCACCGUCCGGUUCGCCGACACCGGCGGCCGGUUCCACAUCCACGGCUCCUGCGACGGCCUCCUCCUCCUCAGCUUCGAGGACCGCUUCUACGUCUGCAACCCGGCCACCCAGCAGUGGACGCGCCUCCCGGCGCCCCUCCGCUCCUCGUUGUUCGCCGGGUUCUACCGCCACGAGCCCACCGGCGAGUACCGCGCCCUCUUCUACCAGGGCAACUGGACCAGCUGGCGGCCCUGGUCGACGGACUACUACAUCCUGGUGCCGGAUUCCAGGAAGGGAAGGGGAAUCGGCCUCCCGUCGGAGAAAGUCGGGUACGAGUUCCGGGGAGCGCCGCUCGGCCCGCCGGUCCUGGCCCACGGCAGCCUCCACUGGAUGCCGCGGCAGAAGCAAGGCUGCGCGAUAAUGGUGUUCGACACGGUCACCGAGGUGAUCACGUUCGUGGACCCUCCUGUGAUACGGGAGCACAUGUCGCUGCUCGAGGUGGACGGCGAGCUCGCCAUGUUCAGCUGCGGCGGGCGGGUCACCAUGGUCGAGCUCUGGGUCCUGCGGGAUUAUGCGAAUGACGUUUGGGUCUGCGAGCACCGGGUCCGGCUGCCGGAGGUGGAGGUCAGCACCUUCGUCUUCGACGAGUCCUGGCGCGUGUUCUUCAUGUCGGAGGAGGGGGUUGUGGUUGUCACCCCAGAGCAGAAGCUGCUGCACUACGACAUGAACGGGACUCUGCGGGAAAGUUUCCCUUGCAACGGCCGCAAUCUCAAGAUUACUCCGUAUACACUCAAGGAGAGCCUGGUUCGGCAUGCAUUCUUUGAGAGACAGGACAAUGGCGGUGAUUGUGAUGACGAGCCACCACCGCCUUUCUUCAGCGGGCUUUAGAAUUGGUGGCGAGUCUGGUUUCCUAUGGACCUUGGUUGCAGUUGAUCAGAAGUCCAUGAUCCAGAUAUCGAGUCUUGAUAGAUGAAGCAUGAAGUAAGGUAGCUUAUUCUGAUGCGUGUCUUUUAUGUUUA